UAGUAACACCGCACUCUUCCCCGUCCCGUCUCCCGUCUCCCGGCCGUUACGUCGCCGUCAUCUUCACUGAUCGAAGCAGUAGACUACAGAGAGAGAGAGAGAGAGAGAGAGAGAGAGAGAGAGAGAGAGAUGACUGUGUGAGCUCUGAGGAGUACUUCUUCUUCUUCGGAACUCUCAUUCGAAAUCCCUAGUUUUUGUUUCAACACUUCAAAAGAGCUGGAGAAUUUAACUUGCAAUGGUCGGCACGUCGGAAUUGCAAGAUCACGUCAAAUUGGCUAGAGACUACGCCCUUGAAGGCCUCUACGAUUCUUCCAUUAUCUUCUUCGACGGUGCCAUUGCUCAGAUCAACAAGCUUUUAAGCACACUUGAUGACCCUUUAGAUCGUGCAAAAUGGAUGAAUGUGAAGAAAGCUCUGACGGAGGAAACAGAGGUUGUCAAGCAAUUGGAUUCAGAGAGAAGGGCUUUCAAGGAUAUUCCUCUGGGUAGACGCCCCCCUUCACCACCAAUUUCUACCAAAUCUUCCUUUGUUUUUCAACCCUUGGACGAGUACCCUGCUUCAUCCGGUGCUCCGAUGGAUGAUCCUGAUGUAUGGAGGCCGCCUACUAGAGACAAUGCAAAUAGAAGAACCGCAAGAGGAGGUCAAGUGGGUAUGAGGAAGUCACCUCAAGAUGGAGCUUGGGCUCGUGGUGCCACAAGAGGUGGAGCAAGCGGUCGUGGAGCAAAGGCUGCUGGUUCUAGUAAGUCGAACACAGGAGUCAGAGCUUCAACUGCUGGGAAGAAGGGCCCUGGCUCGGGCAAAUCUGGCAAGGCAGAUUCAGUGAAUGGUGAUGCCGAAGAUGGGAAAUCUAGACGUGGACAGUAUGAGGGUCCUGAUUCUGACUUGGCUGCAAUGCUUGAAAGGGAUGUCUUGGAUUCCACCCCUGGAGUGACCUGGGAUGAUGUAGCAGGGUUAACUGAAGCAAAAAGACUCCUAGAGGAAGCUGUUGUUCUUCCUUUAUGGAUGCCUGAAUAUUUCCAGGGAAUUAGGAGACCAUGGAAGGGUAUUCUCAUGUUUGGCCCUCCUGGUACCGGAAAGACACUUCUAGCUAAAGCUGUUGCUACUGAAUGUGGUACGACAUUCUUCAAUGUUUCCUCUGCAACUUUGGCUUCAAAAUGGCGUGGAGAGAGUGAGCGUAUGGUGCGGUGCUUGUUUGAUCUUGCAAGAGCUUAUGCUCCAAGUACAAUAUUCAUUGAUGAGAUUGAUUCCCUCUGCAAUGCCCGUGGGGCUUCAGGAGAGCAUGAAUCAUCUAGAAGGGUGAAAUCUGAACUUCUAGUUCAAGUAGACGGUGUAAGCAAUACUUCCACCAAUGAAGAUGGCAGUCGCAAAAUCGUGAUGGUUUUGGCUGCUACUAAUUUUCCAUGGGAUAUAGAUGAGGCACUGAGGAGGCGACUGGAAAAGCGAAUAUACAUACCGCUCCCAAAUUCUGAGAGUCGCAAGGAACUCAUACGGAUCAAUUUGAGAACUGUUGAGGUGUCUUCCGACGUAGAUAUGGACGAAAUAGCUCGUCGAACAGAGGGAUACAGUGGAGAUGAUCUCACGAAUGUCUGCCGGGAUGCCUCGUUAAAUGGCAUGAGGCGUAAAAUAGCAGGGAAGACUCGCGAUGAAAUUAAGAGCAUGUCUAAGGAUGACAUAUCCAAGGACCCUGUUGCCAUGUGCGACUUUGAAGAGGCCAUAAGCAAGGUUCAACCUAGUGUUUCGGCAGCAGAUAUUGAACGACAUGAGAAGUGGUUUUCAGAGUUUGGUUCCGCGUAAUAGCAUUCUCAAUUGACGCCGGAACUCAUCAAUCUUUUGUUUCUCAUAAACUUCCCAUUUGGCUCUGUGAUUAUUUGUCUCGGUCAAUUCCCUGUUGCAGUUCUUUUUUCUGUUUCAGUGUGUCGAUUGCUGUCGGAACUGAUCUAAGGUCUCAUAUGAUUGGUGUAUUCUUUUGUAUGUCUAACCACUAAUGUAUCACGUUUGUCAGAACUCUCUUUUUACUGAGUCUAAUAGUCGGUUCAAAAUUCCCGUAAGAAA